AAGAAAGCGACGGGAACAUGACGAAACGGCAUCGCGGGGGGACGGACAAACUAGGCUGAGAGACGGACGGACAGUCAGUUUUAUUCCCCUCCUCCUCCUCCUCCUUCACCUCCUCCUCCUCCUCCUCCUCCUGGCUUUGACUGACACACACUCACAUGCACACACACACAUACGCGCGCGCGCGCGCGCACACACACGGGCGCUUGGCACAGACAGGGACACGCAUGCACGGCAUCCACUUUUUGCGAACACGCAGGCUGCGCAUCCGGGCGGGCGGUAAUUGGACAGCGGAGAUCCACAGCCGAUGAGGGCAUUUCGUGUCCAGCCUGCCCGGGAAUCACUGUGACCCCGACGGGAAGGAGUUUCGACUUGACAGGAUGGGGGGAGUAAGUGAAGGAGAUGAUGUGUUGGCUCGAUGGAGUGAUGGACUACUGUACCUCGGCAAUGUGAAAAGAGUAGACGGAGUCAAGCAAAGUUGUCUGGUGAGAUUCGAGGACAACUCGGAGUUCUGGGUGCUGAGGAAGGACAUUCACUCGUUCGCUGCCGGAGUGGAAGAAGUUUGCUGUAUAUGCGACGCUCCUCCUCUUAAAGAACCCCUCGUAAAUUGUCUUAAAUGUCGGCACGGUUAUCACGCAGAGUGCCACACGCCAGCCAUCGAACCGGAGGCCGACAGCGAUUCGUGGAUAUGUCGGCAAUGUGUCUUUGCAGUCGCAACCAAGAGAGGCGGGGCGCUGAAGCGGGGACGCUUCGCCCGGCUCAUGCAGUUCAUGAAACUCCGGCUUCCCUACCAGCUGUCGUCUCUGGACUGGGACCCGCAGCAUCUGACCAAUCAGCAGCAGUGCUACUGCUACUGCGCCGGGCCUGGAGAGUGGAACCUGAAGAUGUUGCAGUGUGGAAGCUGUGGCCAGUGGUUCCACGAGGCCUGCACACAAUGUCUAACCAAGCCACUGCUGUAUGGAGACAGGUUUUAUCAGUUCCAGUGCUCAGUGUGUACGAAGGGACCGGAGACCAUCCAAAGACUACCCAUGACCUGGAUGGAUUUGGCUCAUUUAGUGCUCUACCAUCUCUCGCUGUGCUGCAAGAGGAAAUACUUUGAUUUUGACCAUGAAAUCCUGUCCUUCACCAACGAGAACUGGGACUCGUUGCUCCUGGGCGCGCUCUCUGACACGCCGCGGCAGGACCGCUGUCACAAUCUCCUCAACGCUCUGAACUCCCACAAGGACAGGUUCGUCUCCGGGAAGGAGAUCAAGAAGAAGAAGUGUCUUUUUGGGCUUCAGGUGCGAGCCCCGCCUCCGCUGACGUCCGACUCGUCGCCCCUCAUCACCGACCAGCCUAUCAACAUCACGCACCGGAGGAGCCCAUUGUCACUACCCUGCCAGAGGAGAGUGGGGGGGUCGGAGUCGCGUAAAUCGAAGCGUCGCAUCAUGGAGACACAGGCUGGUCCACCCGCGGCCGCUGCCAACCCCAUUGAGCUGCUGCCAUGUUGCCAUGGCUACGCGGGAGGGGCCAACCUCUGCAGCGCCAGGAGGUCAGAGGAGGAGCUCGGUUUGAGCUCUCCCCCCAAGCGGAUGUACGCUCUGUACCACAGCACGUACAGCGGAAACGCUGCCCUCCCCAGGGGCCUCCAGCACUACAACAGCGCGGAGGACACCUGCAGAGUCCCGCCCCCUUGCUUCCCAUACCCCCUCAACUCCAACGGCAGCCACCACCACCACCACCCCCACCCUCACCAGCACCAGCACCAGCACCAGCACUCCCACCAGCACCAGCCGGGGCAGAAGCAGCCGGAGCCCCUCAUCCUGCGCGACGUACCCCCGUACCAGGCCGGUAUGGGCGUAGGGGGCGGCGUAGGCGGAGGAGGAGGAGGAGGAGGAGGAGGAGGAGGUGGGGUGGUUGUCGGAGGGGGGGACGGGACGGGGGCCAGGAGCUGGGGAGGAGGCGAGGCGGUGAGGAUCUUGGCGAGGCGCGUCACACCCGACGGGAAGGUGCAGUACCUUGUGGAGUGGGAGAACGUGAAUUUGUGCUGACGCGCGAGACGCAGUGACUUUUUGUUUUUCUGCGGUUGCCACGGGAACAGUGUGUGUGUGUGUGUGUGUGUAAAACGUGGCAGUGUUUAAAGUACGAACUAAACAGAAAAAAAAGGUGUCGCCUCUAUUCUGCGCCGCUACAAGUCACUGCUCGUUACUAAAUGUCCCUCCUUGAGAGUGUUUCUCCGAUAUUUGUACCGGUAACUUUGGAACACGCCCCUUUGCAUUCAUCCCGUUUAACAGCGAUGAGGAUGAAGAUACUCAAACCUCCCGAUGAUCCCUCAAUCUUUGGCUAAUAAAGAAGAGCUCGUGUUUAUUCGUCCACUAGAACAGACACAUUAGUGCUUUUUCAUUGCUCGGGUAAUAUAUCGGGGGAAAUUUAAUAUAUUUUUUACUUGCCCCGCAUGUCGUUUAGACAGCAUGCGGCAAAUUUAAGGGCGUAGUUUGGAAUGUUUCAAAUAACGGCAGAAACACAAGCACAUUUGAAUAAAACAGUUCAAACAUUCAACGUUGAACUGAACUCAAAUCCUCUGGAGGUUUAUGUUUUUUUCUCCCCCUCAUAUGUUAAUAAGAGAUUGCAAACAUGCUAUUAAGGGGUUACUUAUUUGUUAUGUUAGAUUUUAUCAUACAUCAUUUACGUUUAGACUGCUGUAUUAGAAAUAGGAGCCACGAGAGGGCUUUUGUUUUAUAGAUAGAAUUAUAUAUUCACAGUAUACUGCUAUGAUCAAAUAACUUUUAUUUUAUUUUUUUUGGCGUGGUUGAAUAGUGCCUAUUUGGGUUGCGUACCUGCCGGCUGGUGUGCCGACCCGAGUCGACCAAUCAGACGACGGAGAGAUGAGCGAGGCCGCGUUGCCGGUAGACCAGAGGACGGCUCUUUGUCCGUUCACACAUUCGCCCACACGGGUCACGAGGACCGGUCGUGACCCGGUCGAGUUGUUUUAAUCACAACAGGACUGUGACGUCACUGUACAUUCCAAACGAGAAAAAAAAAAAAAAAAAGAUGUUAUUGAAAUGUCUGUUUGAAGUCAUCAGAAUGGAAAUUAUUUUGAAAGGAUGCAGGUUUUUUUUUCUUUUUUUUUUUUCUUCUUUUUUUUUUUUAUUGGUGUUAAAUGUCAUUAAGAACUAAAGGUCCAGUUCAGGUUCAGGUUCAGGUUCACGUGGGUUCAAUCCUUGCGUUCAAAAGGAACAGUACAGGUAAAGAAGACACUGAUAGGCCCGACUCCUAACUCCAACCCCUAGUUUCUUCCAGGGCCUAACAGUCUAUUAUUUAAAGGACACCACGUGGCAUCCAGCGGGAGUGCAAACAGGUCCCAUGAAUCCAGAAGACAAGUUUCAGAGUUUAUAUUUUAUACAAAAAGGUUUAUUUCAGCAGCCUGUGCGAUAAAACUCACACACACACACACACACACACACACACACACACACUCCUGUACAUCCGUCAGUUUUAUCUCUUCAGGAAAGACCGCACGGCGGUUUAAGUUGACGAAAGCAAAAGGACAAAACGCAGCAGUUUGUACUGUUACAAUCGAACCGAUGCAAUCCUCUCGGAUCUUAUCUCAAAGCCGACCUCUCUCUCUUUUUGGAAUUAUCCUCCUGUGCACAUUUUACCGGUGGCAUUACGUUGAUUGCAGUCGUCAUCCUCCUCGGUGACUCUUGUAGCUUAUUAGGGGAGGGGGGGGGGGGGGGGGGGGGGCGUGUUGAACCUCUCUAGGCGAUGGUGAUGAAUGUAUUUGUGUGUUUUCUAUGGUAUGUCUAUACCCGUCAAGUGCUCGUGAUAGGUCGUGCUCGAGGUGGAACUCAACCCGAUUCGUUCAAAACGAUAUUUAAAAAAACAAAAAGAAAAAAGAAGGAGGAGGAGGAAAGGAAGACAUCAACAUUGAGGAACGUUAUUUAUUUUGGGAGAUGUAGUCUUAAGUAGUCGAGUCAAGGUUCAGUUUGAUGUAUUUUUUGGAGAAAUUACGUUUGUACAUGUAUACUCUGCGUUGACACAUAUGUUACAUGAAUAAUAAAAAGAAAAUAUUUCCCCCCCCACGCAAAGUGUUUCUUAUCUAUUGGCACAUGAAGGUAUUCUAUCUCUGAUGUAGAUGUACAUGUACCCGGUCGUGUCUCAUCCGGAACCAUUUGACUCCUUUCGAAACGCUGCUAUUGUUACGAGAAAGUAAAAGAAAAUAAGAACUAGAAGCACAAUAACGAGCAGAGUGAAGCAAAAACCAGAGACCUCCUCAGCUGACGUGUUCAGAGGCCAGGAAUGAAUUCAAUGU